GCGAUAAAGGCAGCCAGAGUGGGAGUGAAAGAGCUGUGGGAAGCAGAGUGGACAGGGAGAGAGAGUGGAUGUCCAGCCAGAGAGAACCAGGAGGAAGCAGUUAAAGUGCUAGCAGGAGAUCACAGAAUUGGAAGCCUUAGAUUGCUACACAAUGGAGGUGCAUACAGAGUGUGCAGACCCUCCCGCAGCCCCUCAAUGUGACCCCCAGCCCACUGGGAAGAUCAACAAAGCUGCUAUGAAGCUCUUCGGAAAGCGACGGACUGGCUCUGGAAUGGCCAGCUUCUUCUCCUUCAGGAACAAAGGAGCCACGCUGAGUGGGACAAAUGGGAAUUCUGACACCGGGAAUCCGGCGAAUGGGAAUGGUUCAAUGUCAUCCGUCGAGCUGGUGAGGAGCAAAACGCAUGAUGGUCUCACUGGGUCCAACAAUGACACUGAUGCACAGAGAGGGGAGGGGCUGGAGGUAGGGACUAUGAGGUCGCUCAGUAAAUCGCUAAGUUUCUUCUCUCUGCUACGCCGUGGUAGUUUUAGGUCAAGUGAAAAUGGUAGCGGACUUGUGCGGAGAGGGAAGGGCUUGAAGGGCUUUUUCAGCAGCAUGCGAUGGCGACGUAAGGACAAAACAAACGAGGGAGACGGGGAAGAGUUAGAAAGCCAGAAGGACAGGGAUGUUGCUGUCCCUGAAAGGGCAAAGGAUGUCACCCUCACCCUUGAACCGACACCGCAUCAUCCCAUAGAGGAUCAUGGGAAGACAGAGGCAGAAUGUAACCCCCAAGCAGCCAAGGCUCACAUUACCAGUGUUUCUCUGACGCCCAUACACUGUGAGCCAGGCCCAUCUGGUGAGCCAGAAUCCCCCUCUCAUUACAAACCCACUGACUCGCCUUUGCAUCCAACUACCAGCGAUGCAAAAGCCUCCAUUUCUAGCCUCACCCCCUCCCUCGCCACGCCCCCCUUGGAGCGUUGCAGUGCAGGUGACCCACCAUCCGAACCCUCAGUGGACCGCCUGUGCUCGCAUCUCUUCAACGACGUCACAUCCCUCAAGAGCUUUGAUUCACUCACCGGCUGCGGGGACAUCAUUGCUGAUGCAGAUGAGGAGACGGUGGGUAAUGGGGGAAGUGGUACCAGUAGCAGCAGCAGCGGGGGCGGCGGUGGUGGGGAAGGGGGAGCUGGUGCGGUUAGGCCACGGGGUGUCACCUGCGCCGCCACUCUCUGCUCCCCAUCAAAGGCCUCUAUACCGUCUCAGUUGACUCAACCAAUAUUUACUGCAUCUUCUUGCCAAGUGUCGGCUUCUCUUCCUGCCCGUGCCCGGGUCACAUCCCCUCCUCAGCCACCCCCAGUGGGCAGUGGAGUGGUGGCCUAUAUGGGUGGCGGGGAGGAAAUGGCAAGUCCAGAGGGAGUGGAUGAUGCAGACAUGCAGGGGCUAUGGCAUAUGUUGCCUUCCAACGGAGACAACUCCCCUGCUCUUUCCCGAUUUCACCAACCCUCUUCCAUCACCUCCACUUACCCCCUGCACAACCUUGACGCAAUCAACAGCCAUCAACCAUCAGCCAAGCUACCCCAAGUGAAGUCUUUGGGUCUCAGUAAGAUUCCUGUGGUUGGUGGAGCAGGAAGUCGGGCGACAAAACCCUACCUACCUCACAGCCGCAAUCCAGCAUCACCUGGGGAAAAAGAGCCACUCAGUGAUGAAGGUUACUGGGAUACACCAUCAGCAACGCCCACAGCAACACCUGAUGAAAGCGGGCUACAACACAAACACAAGAUGUCCCGCGACAGCUGCUCUGGAGACCACCUGUACGACCUCUAUAACGAGGGUGAUGACGACCAAAACAGUUCUUCCUCCCUGUCAACCGAAUACAAACUCAGUCCACCGUCUUCUUCAUCCUCCUCUUCCUUCCGGUCCAUGAAAGGCAGCACCAGUCUUCCCCGGGAGUCCAAAAUCCCAGUAAGCGCCAGACAAACAACACCCCCACACUCUGCGAGCCAAUCAGCGCUGUCGUCUGUCCUGGAGGUUGAAUCCUCGCCGCCAAAGACCCAGGCACCCCCUCCCGCUCGCACCAGAAUCCCAGUAUCCAAGGUACCCGUGCGUCGCUCCGGAAACAAACCUAGCGCCACAAGCAGACUUCCCACUAUUGCCUCUAAGAAGUAAUUUCAACUGAACUCGAGAGGCUCACCCUUCCGUGCUGAGCCAAAGGUUUUUUUCCUAGCCAAGAAAAAUGUUGCGCUGUGGAGUUAACAGCCUACAAAUUCCUUUCAAAUCUUAAAAGCACCCGUUUCAAAAAGGCCAGAACAACGCAGGCUUGUUCACCUGGGAGAAGUCGCAAAGAGACACCAACAAAACUUGGAUUACUUUGAAAGCUGACCCUGACAAUCCAUGAACUCUGAGAAGGUCAUCUUGCAACUACCUGGGAAAACUGCAAGUCUCAGGGUCUGAUUUGAAAGCAAACAUAACCACAGCUGCUCUUUAAAAAUACUUCAUGAAAUGAUCAGUUUGAAACAGAAUGAUCUUUGAAUAAUUUGAUUUCAGAGCCAAAGUGUCAUUACUUAAAUACUGUAUUGACCUGAAUCUAAGACAGUAUUUCAGAGUGAAAAAAGGAGAACUUUUCAAAGAGCAGAUCUGAGCUGACCUCGUCCUUUGGAGAGUGGUAACUUUUCAUAAAAUUGGGUACCUAAUUUGGCACUCUUACAGGUAAUAACCGAAGUCCAUCGGUACGACGUAAAAGUAAACGGUGCUAUUUUUGAUACCGGAUUCGGCACCUUCUUAAGCACUUGGCCGAGAAACAAGCAUUCAAGCACUUAGAGCGGACUCGAGGUAAUAUUACAAUUUUCUAUGUCAACAAAGCAAGAGGGAGGCAUUCAAAAGUACAGUAAAGCUCCACUUUUCCAAAUGCUCUAGCUUGAUGCUAAUUUACAUUGAAUUUGCUGCUGAUUAGUAUUAGCAAUUUUACAAUGUGCUUUCGACACCUACAAAUAUGGUAAUGAAAACUACAACUAAGAUGCACAAUGUAAUACAUUUUUAAAACGUUGUAGGGCUCAACAAAAUACUAAACUGGCACAUUCAACUCAAUGGCAAAGACUACUUCCUGACUAUACCCUACUGCCAUCUAAGGUCUUGGAAUUGCAACUGCAUGCAAAGUCUACUAUAUAACCCUUGCAAAUGAGACACAGACAUAGAACAAAACAGGAUAACAACUAGACAGCACAGUUUGGUGUUAAAUGUUGACGAAAAACCUUUUAUAUUUUUCUAAACAAUUAAUAUUUAUUAACACAUUUCAACACAGGUACCAAAAACUGGCACCAUUUUGUAUCGAUUCUGAAGGUCCGGGAAUUGGUACCGUAUCAAUUGAAAUAUGAAAGUACCCAUCCCUAAUUUUAGACAAUGACGAGCAGUGUAGCACAGUUGACCCUUUACACGAAAACAUGUGUAGAUAAAUAGUAGUAAUUGUUCAUUAAUGGUGACUUUUACACUUGCACAGAUCAGCAUGUCUAAUAACGGUCGUCUUAUGUUUAGGUCAAAACGGUAAAAGAAGAAGAAAAAGAAGCCAUUUAAAAAAUGGUUUUAUUAUGGAUUUGACUAAACAUCUGCAUCUCUUAGGGACUUGGCAUGAACUUUCAAUUGCGGAUGGCCGUACUUUGAUUUCUGCACUCCCACAAAACCAAAUGCAUUAUGGGGGGUUUCUUCAAUCUCUGGGAUUUAUGACUUACACCGGUGGGAAUGUCAACAUUGAUGAUAUUGUAACCACACGCUAACACGACAGGCACUCCCUUCUGCAUGCAGGGCUUACACAUGCAAGGCACAAAGGUCAGGGAACUCACUCUUCAAAAAUGUUUUCUAGCUCCACUGAAUGACUUUUGCAAAAAAACAAAACAAAACAAUACUUCUAUAUGUAGUGCUUUUUUAAAUAUCCUAUCUGCACAGAUUUAAAACUGGGACUACUCCAGCUUUCUAAUAUAAUUUCUGCUAACAUACUGUAGAUAUGAAUGGUUUACAGGGUGGGAUCUUUUCUUCCUGAAUAUUUUUUUACAUAGGCUGUGACCCCAAAAUAGCAACUAUUACUAUUGUUGGACCAAAAAGCCAUGAUGUGUUGCUGGAAAGGUAAACACUGUAGAACCCAAGGAGCUAUUCCAGGUGUGUGUAAAACUGAAUGUAGCUUGACAUUGCUGUAGAUCAAUCAGAUUAUAUAUUUUGUGCAUCCGCAGACUUUUUUCUUCAGUCUCUUUUUUUUAUAGGAUCAGGACAAACGACUGUAUAACUUUUAGCCCCGCUCCCCUAAAACAACUUUUUGCAAUUUAAUAGCAUUUUGGUUCCUCUGCCCUCGGUUUUUGAAAUGCAAAGUCAUUUUCUUUGCUCCAAGGGGUCAUAAUAACCAUUCCAUUUCACUUAAAAGUGUAAAUAUUGAUCCACUCCAGGUUUGCAUACCCUUUACCUCCUUGACUGUAAACAAGUACCUUGGUUUUACACCAUUUCAAGGAGGUCAAUAAGGAAACAAACAUUAUUUGUCUUGUUUAUUUGUUUAGUAUGAAAGCCCUUUCACUCUGCUUUUAGUGGGUUUUUUCAGCGAUGUUAGGAAAGGACUUCACUUUACAGUUUUUCUACUCAAAAAUUUGGCUAUUCCACCACAAAGGCCACAGAGAAAAAUGAGAAUUUUUUUUUUUUACUUGGUACCACCUUAAGAAAUAUGUAUAUUUUGCUUAAUAAGUGUCCCCACAUUUACAAGUGAUUUUUAAUUCAUUAAUAAUGAAAAUAUUUUAAAUAAAUCCAUACAUUUUAACAAUUAUUUUAUUCAUACAGCACGUCAUUGAUAUAGUUGUGAUUUUAUUUUAAAUAAACAAUGUCAAAUGAUGGUGGUUAUUUUUUAGUAGCAUUUGAUGGGGCCCACCUAGCACAGUUUAAAAAUAUUCACUCAUGUUGUUAUUCGUCACAUCCUGGUAUCACCUGAUUUUUUGGUUUCCACAAAAUAUGACUUGUUCUGUGAAUUGAUCAAUUGUUCUGCCCUUAUCGCCUACAAAUAUGUAAUGCUGCAAUGCAAAAGCACAGUUUUCUUUUUCAUUUGUUUGCUGUGAAGUCUCGCCACUUUUCAUAUUUAAUGAAUAAACAUGUUUGCUAACUUCUAA